AAAUCGCUUGCAGGAUCACAAGGACCGCGCGGAGGCUCGGCAUUCAAACCGUCGCCGUUUACAGCGACGCCGACAGGGACUCGCUCCUCGUGGCGUCCGCCGACGAAGCCGUCCGAAUCGGACCGCCACCGGCGCGGCUCAGUUACUUGAACGGAGCCUCCAUCGUCGACACCAGCGUGCAGCUAAACUCUUCUUCACUUCACUUCCUCUCCCUCAGCUUUUCAUUUUUUGUCUUUCGUCUUUCGUUUGAAUUAAUCGAAUGUUGACACAUGUCGUUUGCGUUAUUAGGCUAUUCACCCUGGAUAUGGAUUGUUGUCGGAGAGUGCUGACUUCGCCAAACUUUGUGAGGACAGUGGUCUCUGCUAUUCGAGAUAUGGGUGACAAGAGUGCAUCGAAGAGAAUAAUGGGAGCUGCAGGUGUGCCUCUUGUGCCUGGAUAUCAUGGAGAUGAUCAAGAUAUUGAAAAAAUGAAGUUGGAAGCUGAUAGAAUUACUGCAUGGAUACAUGGUGAUGGAUGGUAGAUUGUACAUGAAUCUAUUCAGUACCGACAGCAUACAACGCAAUUAUGGAGGGGAAGAAGAAUUAUGCUAGAUCAUUAAUACAAGUCAUUAUUGUAGAAUAGAUUGUACCAUUGAAAGUCAAUGCUUGCUCUUAGAAGGUGAUGCUUAAUAGAAUCCCCGUCACAGAAGAGGUUCUAUAUAUAGACAGUGGAUGUUGUACUUAUACAUACAGGUUGUGGGAUGGAUAUGAGAAGCACGCAAACCACGUUUCUUUGAAUGUAGGGACCGUGACUAGCUAGGAAUUUCAAUGACAUUAUGCGUAGCGCAAACAAAAAUCUCUCAUUAAAUUC